CAAAAGAAGCCGCGGAGCUAACCAAAGGCUGCACGGUUCUGUGCCACUCUUCCAGGUGCAUGGCUCUGCCCGGCUGCAAUUGACCAACGCUGCUAUCAGAGAGGGUAGGGUAGUCAUUUGGGUGAGAAGCCAAAGAAGGGAGUGCACAUCUGGAGUGAUCCUACUGACUCUAGUGAAAUUACACCAGUGCAACUGAUUCCCAUCUGAACUUGUCCUAAGGAGUCACCUUCCAAAUGAAGGAGGUUCUAUCGCAGAAAAUAUAAAACUCAGCCAACUGCCCAUCUAAACCUUUCCCAAGGAGUCAUCAGAACGGAAUUCACACAGCAUGUCUGUGGUAUCCUAUUCGCAUUUGACUGUGUCCCAGGAAACGUCCAGCCCUGGAGCCAUUUCCAAGGCUAGGACAUUUUCUCGGCAAACAGUGCCAACCUCUGGGGUUCCCUCUACCAACUCUGGAGUGGAAACAAAGUCUUCACUUUCAGAUAAUGAGGAGUUUCAGCUGAGGAAAAACCCAUUUAAAAUCCCUUCGGAUAUGGAUAUCUUCUUACUGAGAGACAAGGAAAGAGAAAGGGCUAAGGCGGAACGUGAGCGAAAGAAGACCCUGAAAGUCCAUGAGAAGAUGACCUAUUCCACUAUGAUGAAUGCGAAGAAGUCGGGGUUCAAGAAGGAGCUCCAGAAGGAGGAGGAAGCAGAGGACAGAGAACUGUCAGCAGAAGCAAAGCGACUGAAAGCUCUCCAAGAAAGUAUCUCUUGGAAGAUAGCGGUCACCAAAGACCAGCAAGUGGAAAAAGAGAUGCUCCAUGAAUACAUAGACAAGAAGCGACAGAUGUUUCUGCUGCAGUACGCUGUGGCAAUAAAGAGAGAUGAAAUUCAGAAGCUGGAAAAUUUAGCAGCAGAAGAGGAAGCAAAACUGGAAAAGGCUGAACAGUACCUGGAGAAGGACGCCGCCAUGUUUGAUGAGUUCCUGAAGGAGAAUGAUAAAAACUCUGCUCAGGCGCUGAAAACUGCUGAAAAAGAAACCAAAGCAAAGAUAGAGAAAAUAAUCGAGAUCCGGGAGCUUACUGCACAAAUGAUGAGCAUUCAAAGUGAGAUAUCCAGGUUUGAAGACACUUUGAAGGAGUACAAGAUGUACAAGAACUUCCUCUACCAGCUCUCUCCAAAAGAGUGGCGGGAAGAGCAUGAAAAAAAGCAGAUGAAGACAAAGGCGAUGAAAAUGUCCUCUGAAGUGAAAGAAGAAAAAAUCUCCCAUUCUCCUAUCACACCCAAGGGCCAGGAUCCAACACCCCGGACCAGAUGUGGCAAGUUGCCUUAUCUCGGCUAUACAGGAUGUCAGACUGUUGAUUUCUCUUCAGGAGGGCCUGAUAUGAGGUCCCCAAGCCAAAUCAUGCAGAGAAGGGAAUCCCUCAGGCCAAGCAAAAGCCCUUCAAAGCAAAACUUUAAAUUCCAGCCGACAAGACGUCAGAGCAUUGCAGCCCUAGCAAUGGAGGAGAAGGAGAGUACAAUCUUCUCUGAAAAUGAGGAUGAGGAUGAGGAGCCGGAGUUAUAUUUUACUGAUCCCCAGCAACUGCUGCAUAUUUUCACUGAGCUGGAAGAACAGAACCUGUCCCUAAUCCAGAAUUCCCAGGAGACUGAGGAAACCUUGGAUGAGCUCCGGCAUACUCUCACCACUACGCGAAGUAAAAUGGACCGUGAGAUAAAACAGCUGAAGCAGCUUGCAACCACGCUCAAAGCCUCCAUCAUCAAAGAAGAGGAGACAGCAGCAGACCUGGAAUUGAAGGCACGAGUCUUUUCCUUUGGAGAGUACAAAGCAGAUGUGCAGGACAAAAUGUUGGUGAGUCUGAACAAAAAGGUGAUGGAGGUCUAUCGACGUUGCAUUGGAGAAAAUGAAGCCAACCUGGGAACCCUGCAGAUGCUAACAGUCAUAGAACACCAACUAGAUGACUUAUUGGAGUGUCUGGAGAGAGUCCCGCAAGCAAAGAUAGAGCAGGCGGAGAAAGCCAAAGAAAAAGAACGCAGGAUGAGGAUGAGGGACGAAAAAGUAAGACAACAGAGGCAGUUGCAGGAGGAGAGGUUGCAACGGGCACUGGCAAGAGCACAAGCGGAUAUAAAGAAAAAGACUGGCAGAAAGCUGAUGUUCCGCUCCGAGCCAGUGCCUAUCAAAGAGAAAGAAGAUGAAGAUCAAGGACUGAUUGAUCAAGAGAAGGAAGAAGCUCUCUAUUACUUUACUUAAGACCCCAAAUAAGGCUGUAAAUUAAGGACAGCACCAAUGAGAUACAAAGGCAUUGUACCAACCUGACCGGGGAAUGUUUUAGUUUGGGGUUCUUAGAAUUAUAUACAAUUUUUGCAAUGAAUUAAACAAAAUUUCCCAUUUUCUCUUGCUAACUCUUGCUCCCCAGGAGAGUAGUUAGUUUCAGUGGAGCCUGUUGUGCGAGUCAAGAGCUAUUUUGGCAUUGCUUUAAAUCACUGUUUACUUAGAAAAAUAAACGGAACUCUCUCCCCCAUUUUGCCUCUAGGCCAGUUGUCAGCAACUGGGUUCUUCACAGAAUUGAAGUCAGUCGUAAGAUCCCUGGAAUCUUAGGAAAUCACGUUCAUUACACAGGUGGAUGACAUCUUUAGUUACAGCAAGAUAAAGCUAGGUUCCAAACAGAUGUUUGUCACAAACCCCAAGCCUACGCAAAAGGAAACACCCUUCUAGGAGUUGGAGUUUCAGUACAGGCUCCACCCUGGCUAUUGAACAUACAAGAUUCAAGAUGAAAGCACAAGCACUGCAGAUGAAAAGCUGUUCAGCAUCAGUUUUAAAGCCAAUAGCAUAUACCUUUGCAUCAACAAAAAGAUUACUCACAUCAAGAACAAACCCAAUGCCAAAGUGACAAAAAAAAAAAAAACUUUAUUAAUCCUUUUGCACCAGCAGUUCUUCAGAUGUCCAUUGCCAGCAAUGGACUUCAAGCCGAUUAACCCGAGUCUCGGCCCCAAGCAGUUAGCAAUUUACAUUCAUAUACAAAGCCAAGUGAGGUACAUUUUCAGAAGUAGAAACAGAUGGAGUUUUAAGUCCCAUAAAAAGAAAUUAUGUUUCUUUGCCAUUUUCUUAAGAACAACUGGUAUGGUUCCAUGAGGAUCAGAGGAGUUUGGCAUUCAGGGUGAUAGCUUCCAGGGACAGCAUCAGCGACUGCUCUAAAGCAAGACCCAGUAGUCUGUUCAACAGGGCUGUGCUCCUGCAGAUGACUCAUAAGCCCCUUUAACCUUUCCACAUUGGACUCCAUGAUCAAACAAAACAGCAGUCCCUACAACAAGUGGGUGAAAUCUCCUCACUGACUUACUCUGGCUUGGAGACCUCACUUGAGGCAGGCUAGAGAUCCCUUGGGCAUGAGCAUAGGAAUAUCCAAUGCUCAAAUUGUUUAGCCAUCACAGACAGAAAAACAUUAGUUCAACCAGAGGAUAAAAUACUGCCUGCAAAUCAGAGAGUUUUAAGUGAAAAUAGCCUGUAUGCUUCUUUCAAGUCUCAGAAACAAAAAAGUAUUUAUCCGGACAUAUACAUAGUUCAAAAGGCACAGGAAGUAAAAGCAUUUCUGAACAACCUCAGGUGAAUUCAACAACAGUAUAACUAAAUAAAUAAAUAUGUGCAAUAUUAGGAAGAUCGCAAUGUUCUUCUGCAUGACAUCUUAUUCUGUAAAAAAUAUAUACACAUACGUGCAUACAUACAACUCAUUGAGAAUAAAAAAAACACACACCCCUUUAUCAAAGUCCUAUACAUAAUUUUAUAGGCAUUCAAUACAACAGCAUAAACAUUUAAGUUACUACCUUAAAAUUUAAUAACCAAAAGGUGUUUUGUUUUUUCCACUGAGAAUUUACACAACCCUAUGCUUAUUCAGGCUUAUGCAAUUCAGUUAAGUACAGUACAUACAUCUAUUCUUCUAGAAACUGCAAUUUUUCAAAUGAGGCAAUCCUAGUUAACAAUACUUUUCCUUUUCCUCU